GCUUUACUUACAAUAACAGAAAGUUUAAAAGCUCGGGAAAUUCCAGCAAAUAUAAACAAGAAAGAGAAUGAAGUUUCCCCAUACUUAAAAGUCAUAUUCUCAUUUUAAUUUCUUCUAUUCAAACUUAUCUCUGUAUAAAACUGAUUCCCAUUUGGCAUUCACACACCUUCGCUCUUCUUCUUCCCUCUAUUCCUUUUCAAUUAACCCAAACCCUCCCUUCAAAGAUCAUCUUCAAAUUAGUAGCAACAUAUAUAGAGCAGGCUCAAGGAAAUGAACAAUAAUAGUAUUGUAGAGAAGGCUAUCAACAGCCUCGGAAAAGGCUUCGAUUUGACCUGCGAUUUUCGACUAAAGUAUUGUAAAGGAGAUGAAAGACUUGUGUUGCUCAAUGAAACUGUCACAAAGGAGAUCAUGGUACCUGGUUUUGGAGCUUUUAAUAAUAUCCCUGUUGAUAUUAAAUGUGAUAAAGGCGAUCGAGUUCGAUUUCAGUCUGAUAUUCUUAGUUUUAAUCAGAUGUCUGAAUUUAUGAACAGAAAAAGUUCAGUGGCUGGGAAAAUACCAUCAGGAUUGUUUAAUUCAAUGUUUGGGUUUCAGAGUGGUUCAUGGGCAACUGAUGCAGCUAAUACAAACUACUUAGGGCUUGAUGGUUACUUCAUUAUAUUGUUUGAUGUUCAUAUUGAUAGAAGUCCUCUUCUUUUGGUUGAUGAAGUUAUAAAUGCUGUUCCUUCCACUUGGGAUCCUGCUGCUCUUGCAAGGUUCAUAGAGAAAUAUGGUACCCACAUAAUUGUGGGGUUGAGUAUAGGAGGACAAGAUGUGGUCCUAGUUAGGCAACACAAAUUUUCCAACAUGGAACCAUCACAACUCAAGAACCAAUUGGAUGAACUUGGUGAUCAGUUAUUCACUGGCAUUUGUAACUUCUCUCCUCACCAAUGCAAAACACGAGAACAAAAGCACAAGGCUCUGGAGGCGUUCAAUGUUUUUGAUCCACAACCCAAUAUCUUCAGCGACUUCCCAUCAGCUACCACAAAAGAUGGAGUAACAGUGAUAUGUUCAAAAAGAGGUGGAGAUUUAACAGCAAACACACACAGUGAAUGGCUUCUAACAGUAGCUUCAAACCCAGAUGCAAUUGGCUUCAACUUCAUUCCCAUUACUUCCCUUCUCAAAGGUCUUCCUGGCAAGGGUUUCUUAUCACAUGCUAUCAACCUUUAUCUUCGAUACAAGCCACCUAUAGCAGAUUUGCAGUAUUUUCUGGAUUUUCAAGCGCACAAGAUGUGGGCCCCUAUUCAUAAUGAUCUUCCUUUAGGCCCAACUACAAAUAGGUCCAUUCGACCUCCAGCCCUUCAUUUCAAUUUGAUGGGCCCCAAGCUUUACGUAAACCCAACUCAGGUAAUUGUUGGAAAAACACCGGUAACUGGUAUGCGACUUUAUCUUGAAGGGGUGAAGUGUGACAGGCUGGCCAUACAUCUUCAACACUUGCUAAACACUCCAGUACUCCUUCAAGACAAGAUAGAUGAACCACUAACAUGGCGCGGAUCCGAAGAUGUACCCGACGAUGAUCGAUACUUUGAAGCCAUUCAAUGGAAAAAAUUCUCACACGUAUGCACAGCCCCUGUAAAGUACGAUCCUAAAUGGAUAUCCUCAGGGGAAGACUUGAGCUUCAUUGUCACAGGAGCUCAACUCCACGUUAAAAAACACGAAACCAAGAGCAUAUUACACCUUAGACUUUUAUAUUCCAAGGUUUCCAACUCUUGCAUUGUGCAAUCUCAAUGGAUGCAAUGUGCCUUAGAAAGUUGUACAAAGUCAGGUAGUUUUUUGUCAGCUAUUAGUACGCCCGGUUUAUCUGAGAAGGAGAAGACGCCGCUAGUGGUGGUGGAUUCCGGCGUGUAUCCGACUGGGCCACCGGGGCCUUUGCAAACCCAAAAGCUACUGAAAUUUGUGGAUACAACACAGUUAUGUAGAGGGCCAUUGGAUAGUCCAGGGCAUUGGUUAGUCACUGGGGCUAAAUUGGACUUGGAAAGAGGGAAAAUUUGCCUGCGUGUUAAAUUCUCCUUGUUGAAUAUAUCUUCUUAACUUUGUGCUUUGUCUAUAAGUUUUAUAGGUAAAAUAUCCAGCUUCAGUUUAGUGGGAGAAUUAUUUAUUCAUCUAUUUAUUAUUUGCACCCAAAAGGGGCACUGUAAAGUGAUUCUUUUAUUGUUGCUUAAGAAAUGCAAGCUGGAGAAAUCCUGAAAUAAUUAAAGGUUAGGAUCGGAUUUUCUGUUUUGCAUA